UUUCUUAUGCACAUGGUUAUGCAGCUAUGCAAAAGUGUGUGCUUCUGCCUUUACACACCUUGACCUUCUCAUGAAUAAGCUGAAUAAGUUCGAAAUGGCCACUCUCAGUUUCUUUCUGGCGCGUUGAUCGAAGUUCAGAAUAUAAUGAUAUAAUAUUAACCAUCGAAGUGAUAAGAUACAGUGAUAAUGACUUAAUAAUUAUGUGAUAUCAAAGAUACAGGUGAAAUAUUAAAUGAUGAUAAUUGUAAAAAGAUGCCUCUGGGUCACUGGAGUUUUCAGUUUUCUGUCACGUAACACAUAUUCCAGUUUCAAGCUAUUGAACCGCACGGCUGUAAAUUUUAGACCAUGUACAAAGAUUCAGACAUUUUCUACAGUACAAUGCAAUAAAUACAAGCAUAAUCCGAGUCCUAAUGUACUACCACUCCAAAGAAUUACCUAUUCUUUAUUAAGGAUAAAAAAUAUACCAAUUUGUGUUAAGUUAGCUGAUGUACCACAAAAAAGAUGCUUGAGCAUCGCCGCAAAGCUAGUCAAUAAUGCUUCGCCCAAUGUACAACCCUAUAUGAAGCUAAUGAGGAUAGAUAAACCAAUAGGCAGUUGGCUAUUAUUUUGGCCUUGUGGAUGGAGCAUUGCCUUAGCAGCUCCUGCUGGUGCCUUACCAGAUCUCCAUAUGUUAGCACUGUUUGGUAUGGGUGCAUUUAUAAUGCGUGGUGCAGGAUGCACUAUAAAUGACAUGUGGGAUCAGGAUAUCGACAAAAUGGUAGCCAGGACGAAAGACAGACCUUUGGUAACUGGUCAAAUAACACCAAAGCAAUCAUUAAUAUUUUUAGCUGGACAGUUGAGUCUGGGUUUGCUUGUAUUGUUGCAAUUGAAUUGGUAUAGUAUAUUUCUCGGUGCCAGCUCACUAGGUCUAGUAAUAAUUUAUCCUCUCAUGAAAAGAGUAACGUAUUGGCCGCAAUUAAUUCUGGGAAUGACUUUUAAUUGGGGUACCUUAUUAGGAUGGUCAGCUGUACAUGGAUCGUGCAAUUGGUCCGUCUGCUUACCACUCUAUGUAGCUGGUAUUUGUUGGACUAUUCUAUACGAUACAAUAUAUGCUCAUCAAGAUAGAAUGGAUGAUAUUCUGCUGGGUAUGAAGUCGACCGCUAUUAAAUUCGGGGAGGACACGAAAUUUUAUUUGUCUGGUUUUGCAAUAAUAAUGAUUGCGAGUUUAAUCACUUCUGGUAUAUUAACUACUCAAACUUGGCCUUAUUAUACUACUGUUGGAUUUAUUGCAACACAUAUUAGCAACCAGAUAUAUACUUUAAACAUUAACAAUCCUACGGAUUGUGCCAAAAAAUUUAUAUCUAAUCACAAAGUAGGCAUGUUACUGUUUAUUGGUAUUGUGUUGGCCAACUUGAUAAAAAAAUCAGACAUAAAAAAAGAAAAUGAAGACAAAGAAGCAAAACAAAAUGUGUUAGAGUAUUAGACAAAAUAAAAAAUAGGCAUGAUUUAUAAUUGAAUAAAAAUUUCAAUGUGCCAUUUUUAACUUAUAAAUAAAAUUAGAUGAAACAAAAAACAUUAAUAAAUAUUUAUACAUAAUUCA